CCACCACCAAUUGAGCGAAACGAAAUUGAACGAAAACUUCCCGCCAUGAAGACCACAUCCAGGAACUGCAUCUGCAUUUGCAUCAUCUCUCUGCUUGCCCUCGCUGGUAGUGCGCUGGGCGCCGCCAUUGCAUCGUCAUCCACACCACAGUCGUCGGAGCAGCGACGCCCGCUGCGGAUAGCCCAGUGCCGGGAGCUCUGCUACCGCCAGUCACUGGCGGACCCAACCCCACCUGCCCUGUGCCGGGGCAGGCCCGACUGCUUCAUGUGCCACGACUACUGCCGCGUCCUGGCCGUGGCCCAGAUUAGCCUGGCCACCUCGAUGUGUGCGGAUCGGGUGUUCUGCAGCCAGGGAUGUCGCGUGGCCUGCGCCUACCAUCGCCUGCGCAGCUACCACCAGGAGGCGACUGCCAACACGGUGCUCAAGACAUGA